CAGGCAAGGAGAGAGAUGGCAUUUUUCAGGACAUUAACGACCUCAGCAGCCUCAGUUCUUCCUGCAGCGGUCGUGGUUGCAACUGUUUGGUCUUCAUCCGACGGCCGCACUUGUAACCCAUUUUUCUCCAAGUCACCGAACCUUCCCUUCCUCUCCACCUCGAUCCUCAGCUCUGACCGUUCGGGUCUGAGCCUUACAAGAAACCUUAGUCCUCUUCACUCCGCUGUUCGCAUGGACUCGACCACUUCGGAGCAGGCGCCUUCUCGGCAGAACGACGGAGUUCUACCGGAGCUGAUGACAGAAUUCAUGGUGGACAUGACGUGCGAUGGCUGUGUGAGUGCUGUCAAGAAUAAGUUAAUGACUCUCGAUGGGGUUAAAGGAGUUGAGGCCGAAUUGAGUAACCAAGUUGUCAGGGUUAUUGGCUCUUCAUCUGUGAAGACAAUGCUCGAUGCUUUGGAACAGACGGGUCGAAAAUCUCGUUUAAUUGGCCAGGGAAAUCCUGGAGAUUUUUUAAUUUCAGCCGCUGUUGCUGAGUUUAAAGGUCCCAAACUUUUUGGUGUCGUUCGCUUGGCCCAGGUGAAUAUGGAAUUGGCAAGAAUUGAAGCCAGUUUUAGUGGUCUGACACCUGGAAAACAUGGUUGGUCCAUUAAUGAGUUUGGAGAUCUGACAAAAGGAGCAGCAAGCACUGGGAAAGUAUUCAACCCAACAAAUCAUGUUGUAACAGAAAAGCCUCUCGGUGAUUUGGGAACAUUAGAUGCUCAAGAUACUGGUGAGGCCUUAUUCACUGGCGUAAAACAGAUGCUUAGAGUUGCUGAUCUCAUUGGUCGAUCCAUCGUGGUGAACGAAACUGAAGAUAAAUCAGACCCAGGCAUUGCAGCUGCAGUCAUAGCUAGAAGUGCAGGAGUUGGUGAGAACUAUAAAAGAACCUGUGCAUGCGAUGGCACCACAAUAUGGGAAGCGAGUAACAAUAGUUUUACUGUCGGCCAAGUCUAAUAUGAAUGUGAACACGUUUCCAAUUGUGGAUGGGUCAUUGGGGGUGUUUGUAUUUUAGGUUGUAUCUUAGAAUUUUUAUUCAUUGUACAUGUUUGGGGUAAUUAAAGGUGUAGAAACAAUAUUCUAUGUAA